UGCCGGUUAUCGGCAUUUCUCUCCCCACGAGCUGUCACGCUGACAGCUCACAGAUCAUCAGAGCACUGAUGAUCAGUGUGCCCUGAUGAUCUGUGUAGCCCCAGCAGCGCCACCUGUCAGUGUCCAUCAGUGCCAGCUCUCAGUGCUCAUCCAUGCCACCUGCCAGUGCCCAUCAGUGCCACAUCAAUGCCACAUAUCAGUGCCCAUCUGAGCUGCCUUUCAGUGUCACCCAUCAAUGCCACUCAGUGCCACCUAUCAGUGUGCAUCAGUGCAUCAGUGCCUAUCGGUGCCUAUCAGUGCUGCCUAACAGUGCCAGUCAGUGCCGCCUAUCAGUGCCAUAUAUGAGUGCUCCCUUUCAGUGCCCAUCAGUG